ACUUUCAAAACUCUCAGCCUCAGAUGGGAGAGCGGUGGGCGCAGCUCACUUAUCUCUUCCUUGUCUGAAAAACUUGCAUGAAAACUUGCUCCCUGCCGGGGGCACUCUGACUCGCGUGUCUGCCUUUGCUCCCCGUCUGCCUUUGCCACGCCCAGGAGUGCCCCCCUGGCCACGCCUUUACCCCUACCGUAUGUGCCCUAGCAGUCCUGGGGGCCACGGAGCUCUGCCACACACGCCUCCAUGAUGUAUGACAGAUUCCACACCUCACGGAUACGCCCUUUGCGUGAAAAGGACGGCUGCCCAAUGCACCCACGUUCCGGAACCGCCAUAGGAGUGUCAAGCCGCCCAGGUCACGACACUGCCAACAUGUGUGCGCAGACCGCCACCUGAGCAGUCAGCUUGUAAUACUUGUGCCCAGGGUGUUGUUUUUCCUGCUGGUAUGAGCGUGCCCUCGCGCCAUGUGCACAUGGGCACUUUCACACACACGCUGGCCUUGGUUUGAGGUCUUCAUAAAGCAUGGGAUACAUGACGGAUAUUUUUAAAAGCUUGUAUUGAAGUAGGCGCGUGAGGAGCCAAAUGCGGGGAAUUGCAAUCUGCUCUAAGGCCAAGUUGAGCUAAGUCGCCAACAGCGCUCGCUUGUGCGCAAACGAAAUUCCUUGAUAAUAAUCACGACAACCUUUUAUCAUUAUUGCUUUCUGCAUAGCUCCUAAGCGACGGUAGUAUUUAUCAAUUCUCGUCGAACUUGAGACGAAGAACAUGGUGCAGCUGGAGCCCAACAUCACGCUGGUGCUGAAGCAUCUUGCCAGCUGUGGAGCAGUGGUCUCAGCGGAGCAACAGGCAGCAUUGGACCACUCAAUACCCAUUAAGCGUAUCGAGGCAGGGCUCCGGAGCCUGACGCUGUGGGGGCGGCUAACGACGCUGAACGGCAAGGACUACCUAGUAGCGGAGGGCUACAAUGUGGCGUCCAGUAAAGAGGGCGCCGCGGUCUAUGAGACCAAAUACUUCUACAGUCAAGACGGCGCACGCUGGAGUGACCUGCAGCCGGUGGACAGCGAAACCGCCACGCGCUGUGCCCGCAUUAAGGGCAUGCUCAGCGGCGACCCCGCUAAGAACUACGAGCUGGAGGAGAAGGACCCCAACGCACCAGAGCCCAGCCCGGAGGCGGAGGAGGAGGUGAAGCCGCUGGUGUUCCAGAUCCCGGAGCUGGCGGUGCUGCGCUGCCGCGUGGACGCCAUCGCCACCGCCACCAGCGUCAUCCCCACGGACUCGACAAUCCUCAACGCCGCCAGCCAGGUGGUGCCCAACCGCCUGUUCGCGGGCGCCGCCUACCCCGAGAAGCUCGAGUCCUACCAGCACCGCUUCAGCCUGCCCGGAUCUGGCGUCACGCUGUCGCAGGACCUUCGCGGGACUUGGGCUGUGCAGUACGACGCCUUCAAGGGGGUGGCGCAGGUGCGGUCGCUGCUGUUCCCAGGCUACUUUUUCUACUAUGCCGCCAACGAGCUGACGUGGGGCAGCCUGUACGUGGGCGACGGCCUGCGCAACAACGACCUCAUCUUCAUGCUGUAGAGCGGAGUGAGCAGGAUGGAGGAGGUUCCGGGAGAACAGAGGGGGAUGGGGACAAUUAGAUUGCGGGAUGAGGCGGACAGGCGGCUGGGUGUGGACGGAUGAGGCUUCAUGAGGUUCAACUGUUGGAGGAUGUGCCAAACAAAGCGCACGCGGGCUAGGCCUUGACCUGGAUGUAUGGCAUAUGUGUCAGUGACAUGGAAAAGGAAGCAAGUGGCGACGGUGGAUGUACGGCAUAUGUGUGUACGAUUGUACGAGUGGCUGGCGGGCAUGAGCAUCUGUACCCUCAGGCGCAACGCUUGGGUGACACUCGGGAGCUGCUAGAUAGGCGCGGACUAAAUGGACGGGGUACGCCCGCUAUCAGCCUAGGCUUGUUCAUUGCGCGGGCAAGUGCGCGGGUGUGAAUGCAAGGAGGUCUGGCAUUGUAAACGUUCUCGGUU